GGCAGCGUGUCCCCGUUGGCAGGGUCACGGUAGCCAUGUGGGCUCUCCUGGUGGCCACCAUGGUGGUCAUCACCACCACCACCACCGUGGUGGUGGCCAAGGACUCCAAACUCAACGUCUGCAUGGACGCCAAGCACCACAAGAAGGAACCCGGCCCCGAGGGGCAGCUCUACGGGCAGUGUGUCCUCUGGAAGGAGAACGCCUGCUGCACGGCCAACACCAGUAUGGAAGCCCACCAAGACCAGUCCUACCUCUACAACUUCAACUGGGACCACUGCGGGGUGAUGCCGGAGAAGUGCAAGCGUCACUUCAUCCAGGACACCUGUCUCUACGAGUGCUCCCCCAACCUGGGACCUUGGAUUGACCAG